GAUACGUGGCUCUCCGCUGCCGCUGCCAUAUUGACGCUAACUAGCUAACGCUUCACCUUACUCGAAGUCAGCUGUAUUCGCACCCUGGCAUUCCAGAGUGACGAUAAAUCUCCUCCCAAACCACAUACACCACGGACUGAAGAGCGUUCACACAUAAAGAGAGACCAAACAUGGUGCUGUUGGCAGCGGCGGUGUGCACCAAGGCCGGGAAGGCCAUCGUGUCGCGGCAGUUUGUGGAAAUGACCCGGACGCGGAUCGAGGGCCUGUUGGCCGCGUUCCCCAAGCUGAUGAACACGGGCAAGCAGCACACUUUCGUGGAAACAGACAGUGUGCGCUACGUGUACCAACCGCUGGAGAAGCUCUACAUGGUCCUCAUCACCACCAAGAACAGCAACAUUCUGGAGGAUCUGGAGACACUCAGACUGUUCUCCCGUGUGAUCCCAGAGUACUGUCGUGUGCUAGAGGAGAGUGAAAUCUCGGAGCACUGCUUCGACCUCAUCUUUGCCUUUGACGAGAUCGUGGCACUCGGCUACAGAGAAAACGUCAACCUGGCUCAGAUCCGUACCUUCACAGAGAUGGACUCCCACGAGGAGAAGGUGUUCCGAGCCGUCAGAGAGACUCAGGAACGCGAGGCUAAAGCGGAGAUGAGGAGGAAAGCGAAGGAGCUGCAGCAGGCCAGGAGAGAUGCCGAGCGCUCUGGGAAGAAGGUCCCGGCGUUCGGCGGGUUCGGUAACGUGAGCAGCAUGUCCUCAGGGUCCCUCAUCACAGACACCAUAGUGGAACCUGAGAAACCCAAGAUCACACCAGCUCCAGUCCGAUCAAGCGGGCCGAGCAAGGCUCUGAAGCUAGGCGCUAAAGGGAAAGAAGUGGAUAACUUUGUUGACCAGCUCAAGUCUGAGGGUGAAACCAUCAUUUCCUCCUCAGGAAAGAGAGGCUCAGACGUGUCCAAGGUUCUGCCACCGCCAGUCAAUGUGGAGAGCGUACAUCUGCGCGUGGAAGAGAAGAUCUCGCUGAGCUGCGGCCGUGAUGGCGGUCUGCAGAACAUGGAGGUGCUGGGCAUGGUGACGCUCCGGGUCACAGACGAGAAAAACGGCCGCAUCCGCCUCGUCAUCAACAACAACGACAACAAAGGGCUGCAGCUUCAGACACAUCCUAACGUGGACAAGAAGUUAUUCACAGCUGAAUCGGUGAUUGGUCUAAAGAACCCAGAGAAGUCCUUCCCUCUCAAUAACGAUGUUGGCGUUCUGAAAUGGAGACUCCAGACCACAGACGAGUCCCUCAUACCUCUAACCAUAAACUGCUGGCCUUCAGAGAGCGGCUCCGGCUGCGACGUCAACAUCGAGUACGAGCUGCAGGAGGAGAACCUGGAACUGAACGACGUCGUCAUCAGCAUCCCUGUUCCGUCCGGGGUGGGCGCUCCAGUGAUCGGAGAUCUGGAUGGCGAGUACAAAUACGACAGCCGGCGAAACGUCCUGGAGUGGUGCCUACCAGUCAUCGAUGCCAACAACAAAACCGGCAGCCUGGAAUUCAGCAUCGCCGGGCAGCCCAAUGAUUUCUUUCCCAUCAAUGUGUCCUUCGUGUCCAAGCGCAACUACUGUGACAUUCAGGUUACCAAAGUGUCUCAUGUAGAUGGCGACAGCUCCGUCAGAUUCUCUUCAGAAACCUCCUUUGUUGUUGACAAAUACGUAAUUGAGUAAAAAUAUUAGAAGAAAAUGGCAAAAUGAGAAAAAAAAAAUCACCAUUUACAAAAAAAAGUCCAAAUCUAUGCUACAGAGAAAGAUCGACGAUUUCCAGCCUGCUGCCCCUGUAUAUUAUCAGACUGUACACAGACAGGACGCCUGCCAGUGCUGUGGCAACGGCACCUCCUGUGGGGAAGAGCAGCAGCAGCAGCAGCAGCGGUGUAUUUAUGUUUGUAUGACAGAGGAUCAUCUAUAUAUAGAGUUAAUUGAACAGGAAUAAAACCAACACACAACUUCUCCUUCCACUAAUGCUGUGGUGCAGAACUGUACAGAGGAUGACUGGAGGAUGACUGUGGGGAUGAAGGAGAGGCCAGCUGUGUCAGUAAGUGCAGGUGGAGGAACAGCAGGACCUUAGCGCUGCUAGCUUAGCUCCGCCCCCUCCCCGAUCAUCAUGCAUCCUCCACAGAUGGGCUCUCUCUCUCUCUCUCUCUCUCUCUCUCUCUCUCUCUCUCUCUCUCUCUCUCUCUCUCUCUCUCUCUCUCUCUCUCUCUCUCUCUCUCUCUCACACUGCGGUGAUUAUGGAACGGUGGCUUUCUUCUCCCCCCUUACUGUCGCUGUCUCAUGUGUGAUUGUUAAGCUCUUGUGACUUUCUGUUUUCAUAUCUCAGAUUUUCCGUUUCCUGGAGAACGUAAACAAAAGCUCGUCUUGUUAUUUCUGCUCUUCUUUUCGACUGUUGCUCAUUCUGACCACUGCUCAGCUCAGUGAAUUUGGCAGAACGUUGUAAGGGACUCACAACAACACACCUAUCAGUAAAAUCAUUAAACUUCCCCACCAUGUUGUUUUUGGAACACCAUUAAACCACUCCUCGCCUCGUCUAGAAGGGACGCCAUGUUUAAUUGUGCUCCAUUUUAGUUCAGAGAUGAACCCUGAGAUUUCGCACUUCAAGGGUUUAAAAUCAGAUUCAGCUGUUAUUUCCCCCACCUAACAUUUCCCAUCACCUCCCCCCACUGAGCUGUAAUGCUCAUCCAUCCAGUCAUCCUUUACUUCCAUCGUCAAAGAGCGUCAACAUUAUACAUGAAGUCAAUUUGUCUUUUUUUUUUUUUUUUUUUUUUUUUAGUUAUACUCCCUCCUUUCCCGCCCUUCAAUUUCAAUUUAGCAAUGGUUGUGUGGAUGUGGGGUCAACAAUGACCAGAAACAACUUUUCUUUUCUUUUUUUAACAAAAUUGCAGAAGGGGAAUCCUGACAUUCCAGUGUAAAACUAGAAAAAAAAAAAACUUUAAUGGAAUAAAAUGUAUUAUUAAAACUGUA